UGUGUGUGUGUGUGUGUGUGUGUACGUGUGUGUACGCAGGAAAGAUUGCACAGAAACUGCAAUAUACAUAUAUUUUCCUCGUCAUUUAGCUGACAGUUUUCCUCCUGACGUUGGUUAAGUGAUUUAGUGAAGCUUGAAGCUUGAGUAUACGCUUAAAUCUCACUAAAACACUGCACAUGACCAGCAGCACACUGACAGCAACAGCCCCAGGUCUUAGUACAACACCACGUGAAGAGGUUGGAGAGCCAGUUGUCAACAUGGCACGGAUGCAGCUCCGUGUGACGCCCCUGGCACUCUACCUGCUGGCACUAGCUUGCUACAGCACCAUCAUGUUCCUCUCUACCCUGGACUCUGACCCUGCCCUCCUAGAGCCAGGUCACCUGGGUCAUUACCACCAGGACACCCAGCACAGUGAUCUACAGCAACUCAACUCCACUAUACGUAACCUCAGAGCAUUUAGAAGGAGGAUGUCUCACUGGAGGCUGAGACAAGUGGAGGAUUUCUACUCCAGAAUGGAAAUACAGGAGACCACCUGUAGUAAGAUGAUCUCCCUGGGAGGAACUUCUUGUAGGAGGGCUGUGGAUAACGAGAAGUACGUGUGUCUGGACCAGGAUGUGGCUAUUACACCUGGUAACUGUACUGUCUACUCCUUCGGUAUUGGUCACGAUACCACUUUUGAUGAUCAGGUAAACAACUUCGGGUGUCAAGUAUUUAUGUUCGACCCCACAGUGAACCAGGAUACCAUCAGGAGAACCAAUAACAAGAACCAACACUUCUACCUGCUCGGUCUAGACGCCAGUAACUAUAAUCUAAGUGUGGAUCUCAAGUACACUGACAACAAGACGGAGACCAUUGUGGGAGAACUGGACACCUUUGAUAGCAUCAGGUCUCGCCUGGGUCACCAGCAUCUACCAGUCCACUACCUUAAGCUAGACAUUGAAAACUCAGAGUGGAGAGUGUUACCAUACAUGCUGGAGAGAGGACUCCUACAUAGUGUUAAACAACUGGCUAUUGAAGUUCACACACUCGAUAUCAUCAGUGCCCCUCAACACCGGGUGCUGGAGAUGUUGGAGGGAUACCUGCAGGUACUACAAGGACUCAGGAAGGAAGGAUUCUUGAGAGUGUCGUACCGUCCUACCGUGGUUCUUGAGACGCUGUACCACGUCCCAGGCAAGAACCGUACCAUACCUACUUGCUUCGAAGUCCUCUACUUACGUCGUGGUUCUGUCUCCUGAGGUGCCUACCUCGGGGAGAUUGAUGGUACCUACCUCCACACACACACAGACACACACACUUCAAUGUUCGCUCAAGGAAUAGUGCAGAGUGGUCACAAAAUUUCACUAUAAUAAAA